AUGUUCACCUCCGGCGGCGGCGGCAGCGGCGGCGGCGGCAGCAGCAAGCCUCUCGCUUUCUCCAUCGACCGGAUUAUGGCCAGGACACCUGAGCCCAAGUCGAUACCGCUCCCCAGCUGGUUCCAGUCCGCUCCCGCGGGGAAACCCGACGCCUGUCCGUCCUCGCUGCAUUGUAUGAUCCCGCUGGUGCCGCUCGGGUACGAGCCGGGCCACCGGCUCAGCAUCACCGGGCUGGAUCCGGGACACUUCGACGCUGCGUCUUCUCUCGGCGCUCCCGCAGAUUUUCUGGGUUUAGGGUUGAACUAUAAGAGCCAGCAGGAGGACUCCUCCGCCGGGAGUCACAGCGGCGGCCAGUACAAACUCUUCAGACCCCGGGUGGUGAACCAGUCCUUCCCCGCCAUGGGCACCGUGUGCUACCUGAACUGCGGCGGGGACAGCGGCGCGUGUCCCCCGCCGGCCGGCCUGGUGAACCUGCACCCGAUGGCCUCGUACCUGCUCUCCGCGCGGCACAAAGCCUUCAUGGCGGAGAAAAGCAAGCAGGGCCUGCAGCCGGCCGGGGACCGGUACCCGGGCUCCGGCGUGCAGGCCUUUAAGGAGCUGUCUCCGAGCCAGAUCCAGCACUACAUGAAGGAGCGGGACCACAUCCUCACCGAGAAGAUCUUCAAGGGCUCCGCGGCGGCGGCGGCGGCGGCCCGGCUCGGGGGCUCGUGUCCCGGCAACAAGCCCAAAGUGUUUACCUGCGAGGUCUGCGGCAAGGUGUUUAACGCGCACUACAACCUGACCCGCCACAUGCCCGUGCACACCGGCGCGCGGCCGUUUGUGUGUAAAGUGUGCGGGAAAGGAUUCCGACAGGCGAGCACGCUGUGCCGACACAAAAUCAUCCACACUCAGGAAAAACCGCACAAGUGUAACCAGUGUGGGAAAGCCUUCAACCGCAGCUCCACCCUCAACACGCACACACGCAUCCACGCCGGGUACAAACCCUUCGUCUGCGAGUUUUGCGGGAAAGGAUUUCAUCAGAAAGGAAACUACAAGAACCACAAGCUGACGCACAGCGGCGAGAAGCAGUUCAAGUGCUCGAUCUGCAACAAGGCCUUCCACCAGGUGUAUAACCUCACCUUCCACAUGCAUACGCACAACGAAAAGAAGCCCUUCACCUGCCCCACAUGCGGCAAGGGCUUCUGCAGGAACUUUGACCUGAAGAAACACAUCAGGAAGCUGCAUGACCUGGCCGGGCAGCAGUCGCCCCCGCAGGCCUGA